CCUGCUCCUCCACCUCAUCUGCCUGCAUGGCCGGAUUCUACAGCAGCAGGAUCACCAUGCAGCACCCUGAACAGUGUGAGUUUGAACUUCACUUAACGCGGUGAAGCUUUGAAGGUGAACGGAUCCCCCACUUUUAGAGCAUCCAACGCGAUUCGCUGAGCCUAGACCGGCCUUUGAGCCUCUUCUACAACUGCCCCAUCUGCUCGUGAAUGCCUUCCACCAACCAUCCCAACCUCAAUCCCUCAAUUUGUGCUAGGCGCAGCAAGCAAGAGCUUGGAUCGCCGAACGCACCAGCCAGCAGAGGUCGCGCGCGCGCGCGCGCUUCGGGUCACGGAACUCGUGAGCUUGAACAUCAGCAGCGAGCUGCGCAAGGCAAACGAUGGAGUGAAAGGACUGCGAAGGCACACCUUUUCGCUAUGACAAUCAUCCCCGAACAAGGCAAGAGUGGUACAGGUGAAACGCGCUCAAGAGUACAAGAAGAGGGCACAUCCGGCGAAGACUUCGGCAGCAGCAGAGGCCAUCCCGCCGGUUCUCCUAGCUUACCACCUGCACCAACCUACACCCCUACUUCGACUCCAUCCGCUCACUCCGGCUCGUCAGGCAACGCACAGGGAGGGGCUUCUUUCAGAAUGUCUGAUUCGCACGCUGCGCCGAGCUCAGCAGCCUCCUCGGGAACGGCUGAGUGGACGCACGUAGAGGCUCCUGCCUCAGCUAUCCCAAGCGAGAUUGUUCCCCCUUCUAUCCACAAUGACGACGAGUCAACCGCCCCUGCUUCGCCUCCGGGCUACACGCCUUCACUCUCUCCUCCACCUUCACACGCCGAGUCUCUGCGAGAUCUAGCUCUGUCCAUUCCCGACAGUGAUCCAGUCGUCGGCGCGGCUCGUCAAGGCGCAUCUGCUCGUCCAGAUCUCGAAAAUGUGCCCGAGUACAGCGCAACGUUUCAAGACGACCAGGACGAGGAACAACGCCAGCGAGUGCAAGCAGCAAGUGCUGACUGGAUGGGCUUGCUUGGUCUUAGCGGUCAAGGCAUCAACGCUGCUAAUUCUGCAACUAGUGUCGGAUUCAUGGCUGCUCGCUACGGUACCUCUUUCGGCCUUGCCUUGGCCAAACGCAUUACCCAGGCCGUCGUCGCCUUGCCUGCCUUUGCCAUCGAUGCUGGGAUGGGCAACACGCCCACCCUUCCUCGCGAUGGUGCAGGCGCUGACGGCUUUGGCACCACCGCGGCACAGACUGCGCAUGCGGCGGUAGGAGGAUUAUUUGAUGUGAUCAGCACACUGGCACUCGGAGGCAUCGACAUCGGUGGCGCUCUGACAGGAGCAGGUCUUGGUGCGUUGGGAUCCUCCAUCGAAGGUGUCAGGAGAAUGCUAGGUAGCGAAGUGCUGCGGUCCUUGGCUGCGUUCAACAGAUUGGUGAAGAGGGAAUGGAACUCUCAAUGUGAUACUCUACCACCGGGUGGCAUUCCGCACUACUCUACCCUUAUGGUGACGCAGGCCAUCACUACGUGGGUCUGCAUUCAGCUGGUCACCCGCGAACAUUACGAAGCCAGGAUGCUGCGCGAGCUGGUGGAGGUGGACUUUGAAGCUCUGAACGCCGAGCACGAAGCGCAAAAGGCUGCGGAUGCCGUGAACGCUGAGCGAGCGGCGCUGGCACCAGGAGCCACUGCUCCCUCAGCUCCAGGACAAAGACAGGCUUCUGUGCGCAUCACAGCAGAAGACACGCUGCCUGGCGACGAUGGUGCCAUCGUCGCAGCAGAAAUCGGCCACUCCGCACCCACCUCUCCUAUCCAGCAUGAGCAUACCGUGCCAAGAGAGGGUAGCGCUACUCUGCCCCCGACUUCUGACCCUUUGCCAGCCCCGCUGACUCAGCACGAGGCGCUUCAAGGGCUGCGCAGGUAUUCAAAGCUUGUGUUGGGCGUGUAUGGUGGCACCGCCCUUGCCUACAUGGGAAGCUUGCCCACUGAUCUGUUUCAGAGUUCGUCCGAAGGUGCAGCGGGUGCUGGUCCCUCGACAUCCUCAGAUCGAAACAGUGCGGGAGUCGCCGCAGCUGCGGCGGUCGCUGAUGCGGCCGGAACUGGCGACGCACCUCUCCUGGGCCCGGAUGCGCCGCCGGCGCGCUCAAAUCAAGAGGAUAGAGUGGACUUCCUCAGAGCAGCGAUGAGGAUGGACUUGGAAGAUGAAGAGCUCGAUCCUUCAGACAGGGAAGCCGCAGAGCAGGAAAGACUCGCCCUGGUCAGCUCGGCUCAGCCACCAGUCAGCACCCUGUUUACAGACGAGCCAGAAGAUGUCAUGCCCGGAGCUUUUGGUGUGUCUCUUACUCAGCCUGCACCCAGCGCCGCCGCGCCAACCAUCGCCUCCCCUACACAGGAGAUCACCUCACCGGUUCGACAAGCCAGCGGCGUAAGCUACGUCGACGUGCUUUCGGGCAGACACGACGCAGACCUUUUCCAUCGCCUCGGAGGUUUGCCAGAAGGUGCAGCUGUGGAGGGAACCUAUGCAGACGUCGACGUGGACAGCAGCACAGCGGAGGGCUCAACAUCUGGUGCUCGGGCCGCUUUGAGAGCAGCUGCCGCUUCGAACUCGAGGAGACGCACCAAGGUGGCUCUUCCUUCUCAGCCUCGGUACUACGUCGUUUUGGAUCAUCCUGCGAAACGCGUCAUUCUCGUCCUACGAGGUUCCCUCAGUCUCGGUGACAUUGCUAUCGACCUCACCUGUGAGAGCGCGCCCUUCGAAUGGCGCCCUGAUCACGAUGGUCCGCAGUCUGCCAGCUUCAACGCAACGCCUGAUGUUUCGGCUAUGUCGGCCCACACCACGAGCGAGGCCUUCCCGCUUGACCGCAAAGAUCCACUCGAUUUCGAGUCCGAUAAUGGCGCCAGGAUCCUCUCUGAUGAAGAGCUCGACUCGCGUAGUCGCGAUUUGGUACAUGAAGGGAUGAUGGAGACGGCACACGACAUCGGAGAUGUGGGCCGACCUGUUCAUCGAGCGGUCGCCAGAGCCCUACGCAAACAUCCAGAGUAUUCUCUGGAUAUCACUGGUCACAGUCUCGGUGCUGGUGUCGCUGCACUGCUGGCACUUCUUUGGGCUAGCCCCAAGACUUGUCUGACCAUUCCCUCUUCGGGUCUGCCGCCCGGACGGCGCGUGCAUGCUUUCGCAUUUGCAACACCAGCUAGCAUGAGUGCCCCACUGGGACGCAAGUGCGCUUCGCUCAUCACCAGCUUCGCCUACUCGUACGAUCUGGUAUGCCGGCUCAGCCUCGGAAGUAUACAGGACAUCAGGAAUGCUGCUGCGUGGCUUUGUUACGAAGACAAACAGAGCCAACUCGCUCAACAAAGGCUGCGUCAGCAAGCGCGAGCGAUCAGCGUUGCCCCGACUAAUGGUGUAUCCGCUGCUGAUUCAGAAGACGUCGACAUGGGCGGCUCGACUCCUACUGCGUUACCUGCAGACUUGCCCGCCGCUGCUGCACCUCUGCGUAUGACGGACAUCAUCACACAGACUUUCCAGCACCAGACCGGAAGAUUGGAUCGAGACCUGACUCGGAAGGCAGAUGUCGAGGCGUCAAUGCUGGCACUUCGGAAGACGCUCGAAGCCAGCAUGCAACACGUCGAGCUCUACCCUCCAGGCAACGUCCUCUACGCCGUCAAGCCCGGAGACUUGACCACGUACCCCACUUCGGCUCAGUCUUCCGACUAUUCGGGAAGAGCCCACAGCUUCCCCAGCAAGCUGUACCAUCUAAAGACCGAUGGUAAGAGGGAGAAAGUCUGGGACCAAAUUAUCUUCUCUAGGACCAUGCUCAGUUGUCACUUGCCUCACGAGUAUGAUGCUGUCCUGCAUCAGUACCCUUUCCACACUUGA